AUGCCCCAGUCGACGACCAAUCAGCAUAACGUUGGCGUGAACGUGUGCGGUUCGCACCAGCAUCAUUCGUUCGAUGCGGCCACCGCUAUGGCGAACGAUUCGAGGCAGACCACAGUAAUGUCGGCGGUUGCGACGGCAAACAUCAUCGGGCACGGGACUAGUGUAGCACCGCGAUCCAGACCGAAACCAACUCAACACACUUCGAGCACACCUUCGAUUGGGCUCACGCUGGCAGCAAUACCACUGAACCCCUCGCCGAAAAACGUAAUUUCGCCCAUUCCGGCAGCUACCGUAGAAUGUGAUAAGUUUGUGGCCAACUUUGACGACAAGUUUCUUGCCGCUUCCAUACCGAGACAAAGCCCGGCAGAAGGAGAUUCCAACAGUUUUAAAUUCACGGUACCUUCAGCAGCUGUAUCGCCUGCUGCUCUGCUGUCUCCAUUCGAGCAAGAUCCGAUGUCGACCUCCACCACCACGGUUUCCAUUAGGCCGAGGCCGACGGUGCUGUCGCACUCACAGCAGCACAUGCUGAGCAAUUCAAACAGUGAAAAAUCGCUAGUCUCUCCGUUGUCCGGAUCGUCCACGUGGAAUCCGUUCGGAGAUCCUUCGCCGUUCAGCCCCAUUUCGACGCUCACGGAAGAUCAACUGUUUGGAGCUGAGUUUGACAAACUGCGGCUCGAAGGUAGUCAAACCUCUAUCGUGACCUCUCCGGAAGAAAUGAAAUCGGACCGUUGCGUUUCGUAUUGGGGCCCCCCGCGUGGAUCCCUUUCACAGGCCCUAUCUACCGGAAUGAUUGCAACGAACGGAGGUUUAUCCGGGAAGGAUUUGCUGACCCUGGAAGAGGAUCCCUUCGGUUCCGCACCGUUUACGCUACCGAAACGGUUCAAACAGAAAAGUAGCUCUUCGAAGCUUGCUUCCAAGAUAAGUGAUCGCUGGCGGUACGCGGUGGGCAGUGGACAAGGAGGAGCUGGUAAGGAAAGUCUGAUAGAAAACACUCCGACGGAACCAUGCAACAAUGGCAUCGACGUAGUGGGUAUUGGCAACCCGCACAAGGAGCUGGGAAUAGACAAAACAGUACUUGGACCAAAGAAUCUGAAGCUGGACGAUCUCAUCAGCAGCGGGGAAAAGGGAUCGCCCAGCUUCAUUAAACUCCCGCUGGACGAUCGUAACAAGUACGAAAAGCUCAACUCCAACGACAUCACGUCGGACGACAGUGAUUCCGAGUUUUACUCCGAAUCCAUCGGAUCUGUGACCGUUGGUGGCACGGUCGGUGGAUCUGGUGGUCUCGCGGGGAUAAGUCACAUUCACAACAGCGGCAGUACCGUUGGUGGAAGUGCAAAGAAACACAGUUUCAAACAGUUUGUAGAGAGUAACAUUCCAGAAAAAUUGCAAGCCGUGUACCAUAAGGUCGACAAGAGUCAGAUGAAAAACGUACCGCUGGUAAAGAAGCUACGCAGCAAGGUGACUCAAGCGAGCAAAGAAUCAUCAUCCACCGGCGUAACAGCAGCCAAGAGCACUGAUCGUCGUUUAGCGAGAAAAAGCGAUCGUGUCAAUCGGCAUGAACCGAAUGCACCGACAAAUGGCAACGCUUCGGAUGAUGAUUCGAUCGGAUCAGCAUCGGAUCUCCGCGCGAAUGAUGAUUUUGCGGAUGGAGACGAUACCAAUGCGAAAGUUCCUUCGCAAGAACCCACACGCAGGAAACCGUUCGGUCGGGGAGUAUUUGGCGGUGAGGGAAGUGUGGAUGAUUGCAUUAGCGAGAGUAUUAAAACGUGCGGAUCAAGUGCCUACCACGCCGAAUGCGAAAGCGUCACCACCAACGAGGACAACACGAGCCGAAUAGUGACAAGGGUACGCGUAAAGAAGCGAGAACAUUUGGAUUCGAAGCACAGCGUCAUCGAUGAAGAUGAUUCCGCCGAAGAGGACAUGAUUCAGGGCGAAAAGCCACUUCUGUUGGAUGACGAGCUGGACUAUGAAUCGGCCGCCGAGAAUAAUACGAGCGGUGAGGAGGUCCUGAUGGAUCCAUUUACCCCAGAGGAUGAAAUAGUCGCUAAAAUGCAGCCAAUCGUCCAGGAAGACGAUGAAGCGGACGCAGAGUUGGAUCCGUUUGCGAUGGCUCCCUUUCGCAAGCCGUUCGUGCCAAAGCGAAACAGUGGUAUAAAGUUUCUACCCGAUGUACAUCCCAUUCCGGAACACUGCCCUGCCAGUGGAACGGUAGAGCUACUAUCGAAUGAUUUCAUCACAUCUACACCGAUUAAACCGACAGCAACAAGCUGCGAUUCCGCACAUCCCGUAUCUUGUGACGAUUUUUUCGAUUUGAACGUAGAUCCGAUAUCGUCGACACAGCGGGAAAAAGUUUCCCCCAAUGCACGGCGCGAUCUGUUCGGACUGGAACCGUUUCCCAUCGCUCCAAUGGUUCCGGUUGUAUCGAACCUUUCGCCAGGCAUGGUCACAGCACUGCCAACAAAACUGGUGGUUUCUCCAACGGUACAACCAGCAGCGUCGUUAGCCAGCACGGUGACCCACUCACCAAAAGCUGCUAUUACAAAUGCACCUCAGGAAUCAUUAAUCUCGCGAGUUACACUCGAGUCCGGUGGCGUAACAUUAACCCACAUUAUUCCUCACACUAGCACCACUGUACCGACCAUACCGAUACUCCCUGCGCCACCAUGUUCCGUGCCGUUGAGCUCGUCUUUGUCUACGACAGUUACAGCCCAAAAUCAACCGGCAGCUAUGACCAGCCAUCUCCACUACGGUAGCAACCAGCAGCAUAGUGCUGUAGCAGGACAGCAGCACUUGACCGCACGGCGCAAUUACGUAAACUUUAGCCAGAUCCCUUCGCAUAGCGUAACCUCUAUUUCGCCGGAUAACAAUUACGUAAACUUCUGCCCAGAUGACGAGGACGAUGACGACGUGCGCAAUCUCAAGUCAGACGAUUACGACGACAACAGCAGCGAUACGGUUGUGAAAGUUUCGUCCAAAGGAUUUCUGACCAAAAAGCAAAAGGUAAGGUAUAAUCAUUUGCAGGAGAAGAGCAGCAGCGCCAGUGCGGGACAAGGACGCAGCGAGGAACCAACAAGUACGCUUGGCCAAAAGAUGAAGGCCAACGUUAGUGGCUACCGGAAGGCAGUGCUGGAAAGUGGUGUCGCAAACAUCGGCAAGGGUCGAAAAGAUGACCAAACGAGCAAACAAUCGAAGGGAAGCUCCAAAUCAAGCUCCAAAGCGAUGGGAUUCAGCAAUAUGAGUUUUGAGGACUUCCCAUCGGACGAGCUGGCGGACGAAUCGGUAGGAGCAGCCGAUGGUACUCGGCUGACGGGUGGCGUUGCUGGCGGGAAGCUGCUAAAGAUGGCCCCCUUCGAGGUGAUCCGCAACGAAAAGAUGCUGCAGGAGGCGGAGAAAAAGUUUGGUUCGCUGAAGCGUCGUAGCAAUCCGUUCUCCUGA